UGGCGGCGGCUGUGGACAGAGCAGCAGUCCGGGGGAGCGCUCUCCCAUCGGACCCGGACCUCAUCGGCGGGUCUGGAGCUCCCGGAGAGCCCGACGGCCGCGUGACGGUGCCGAUGAACCUGUUCGCGACCUGGGAGAUCGACCGGUCCUCCCCGAGCUGCGUCCCCAGGUUGUGCAGUCUGACUCUGAAGAGGCUGAUGGUUUUGAAGGAGCUGGACAGAGAACUCAGCUCUGUCGUCAUCGCUGUGAAGAUCCAGGGCUCUAAACGGACUUUGAGAUCCAACGAGUACCUUCUCCCUCCGGACGGCCUGAUGGAGACAGACCUGGAGCUCACCUUCUCACUGCAGUAUCCUCAUUUCCUGAAGCGAGACGUGAAUCGUCUGCAUGUGAUGCUGCAGAGGAGGAAGAGGUACAAGAACCGAACCAUCCUGGGCUACAAAACGCUCGCAGUGGGAGUCAUCAACAUGGCGGAGGUGAUGCAGCAUCCGACAGACGGAGCCCACAUCCUCGGUCUCCAUAGCAACCUGAAGGAUGCUUCUGUACGUGCGGCGGAGCUGAGCGUCCAUUCUCUCACCAGCCAGCCAAUCGAGCAGGAGGACACAAGCGGUCACCAUGGCAACAAGACCAAGGCCUCGGAUCGCUCUCCUGACAUGGAAAACUACUGGGAGGACGAUGACGACAGCUUCUCCUCCGAACAGGAAGGAAGUGAUGACGCGGUUCCUCCUCAGGACAUGUUUGACGAUGAUGAUGAUGUUCAAGGAAAGAUGAAGAAGUCUCGCAGGAAAAUGAUCCGAACAGCCUCCCUGACUCAGCAGCCGAACUUUAAACAGAAGUUUGUGGCUCUGCUGAAAAGAUUCAAAGUCUCUGAUGAGGUUCUGGACUCAGAUCCGGUGGGUCAGAGUCAGGAGGCAGAGGAGGACCUAGACCUGCUCUACGACAGCCUGGAGGUUUACAACCCGAGUGACAGCGGCCCGGAGCUGGACGACAACGACAGCAUCAUCAGCACGCCCAAACCCAAACUCAGGCCUUUCUUCGAGGGAAUCUCUCAGUCCAGCUCUCAGACUGAGAUCGGGAGUCUCAACAGUCAGAGGGGCCAACAGAAACAACAGACUGCAGCCGCUGCAGAGCGUCUGUCUCCAGAGUGUCUGCGAUUCCCCGACGAGUCUAGAGGAGACGAAGCCGGCGCCGGGGAAGUUGAGGAUGAUGUUGUCAUGGGAACAGAUGCAGGCCCGGCUGCCAAACUCUGUAAAACUGAGUCCCAAACACAGGUGUCACCGAGUAAGACAGGAGGUCAGGUGUCUCGCCAUCCUUGGAGCGCCUCUAUGAAGGACAGACAGAACUCCAGAGGGACUGACAGAACCAGCAGCGUUGACAGUGAGACGUCGUCUGACUACAGGAUACCUCCUCCACAGGUUGCCAGGAAGUCGGUCCUGGAUCAGCUGAACCACAUCCUGUUCUCUGAUGAUCAGAUUCCUGAUUCCAUCAUCCUGAUCAACACCACAGACUGGCAGGGACAGUAUCUGUCGGAGCUUCUCUUCGAUCAGCCAAUCGUCUGCACUGUCUCAGCAGCUGAUGUUCAGGCCGCCUUCAACGCCAUCAUCAGCCGGAUCCAGAGAUUCUGUAACUGUAACUCCCAGACGCCGCCCACCGUAAAGGUGGCGGUGGUUGGAGAUCAGAGCUACCUGAGCACCGUCCUCUGCUGCUUCGUAGAGCAGCUGGCCAGCAAAACGCCUGAUUGGCUGAGCUACGUCCGUUUCCUCAUCCUCCCCGUUGGAGCCCACCCACUGGCCAAGUACCUGGCCACCCUGGACAGUAAAUUCAACAGCCUGUUCAUGGACGCCGGCUGGAGGGAGCUGUUUGGCCGCGUGGAGUCUCCUCCUCUUGAUCCUGUGGGUGUAGCAGGUCGAGUGUCUCAGUAUCUGAGCGGAGCUGCUGUUUCUCACCUGUGUCCGAUCUCAGAGGCCAUGCUGACCUGCAAACACAAGAGCCCCGACGACGACUCCUGUCAGAAGUUUGUCCCUUUCAUCGGGCUGGUGAAGGUCGGCCUCGUGGAGCAGAACUUUAGGUCCACCUCAGUUGACUCGGAUGACAUCAUACUGGGAUCUCCUCCCUCCCAAUCAGGAGCUCUGAUCAGCAUCACCUCCACACCUCCUCCCUCCCCCUCCAUCAGCUGUCCGGGGGAGGUGAUGGGUCUGCAGGUGGACUACUGGAGCAGUCAGGCAGGAGGAGGAGGAGGAGAGCGGAGGAGGGAGGUGGGGAUGAAGAACACUCUGAAGAGUAACUUCCGCUGUCUGCAGGUGUCGAGGCUCAGCGGAGGAGAGCUGAUGAGCAUGACGGUGGUGACCAAAGAGAAGAACAAGAAAGUCAUGUUCCUCAGUAAGAAGACAAAGGAGAAGGAGGCGGAGUCGAGGAGUCAGCAGAUCGAAGGAAUCAGCAGACUGAUCUGUACCUCCAAACACCAACACACACUGAGAGUCUCUAUAGAUGGAGUCGAGUGGAACGAUGUCAAGUUCUUCCAGCUCGCUGCUCAGUGGCCGACACACGUCAAACACUUUCCUGUGGGGAUCUUUGGAUACAACAAACCCUGAACCUCCUCCUGCUCCUCCUCCUCCUGCUCUUCCUCCUCCUCCUUCUCUUCCUCCUACUCUUCCUCCUCCUCCUGCUCUUCCUCCUCCUCCU